UACAAUAAAAUGCACCAGACUCAGGCUUAAAGCUCAUUCCCUCCUCUCUUUCCUGUUCAGACUUCAACUUCUAUCACAGCUCCUGCCGUCGCCGCUUUCUUCGAAUUACUUCAAAAGCAGUUUAUUAUUACCUCCAGCAGUCGGCCAAUCGGUGCGCACGGAGAACUCCCACGUGAUGCGCUGACUUUUGGGGGGCAGGAGCUGACGGAUGAGCUUUCGGGGGGCAGGGAGACUUGAAAUUCUGGCCAGCCGCGCUAGUCUCCCGCUGGCAGCCAAAGAAGACAGGAGGGACAGAGGCAGAGAGAAGGAGAGGAAAGCACGGAAAAAAAGACGAGAAGGCUAAAAUCCAGUCUGACUAUAUGCAUGUUAACAAGGAAGAAUGAUUGCAGCCUAAAUCGGAGUAUUUAGGAGGGGAAUCUGGUUCUGCUCAGAGAAAAUUGGCCGUGGAAGAAACGGAGCUUUGUCGAGUUAACCAUUAAUUUUUCCAUCAAGACGCAUUGCUUUGGCACUCAGACUGCAUAUUUACAAAAUUAAACGCGUGGAUAUUUGUACCUAAUUAACCCCAUGUCUGACUGAGAAGUCCACUCCUCGAAAUUGCUUCAUUUUUUUACAUCUGUGUCUUCGGGUUCCUGUGGAGCGCUUUGGACAAGAUCAGAGGGUGUGCGUCUUCCUAGCAGAUUUGCUCGUUAAAAACCCAGACAGCACGCUAACAGAAAUACGAUCGGCCAGCACCGAUUUCGCCAACAACCCUGGGUCUGCUGGUGAGCCCCGGAGUGAGACAGGCGUAACCCCAGCGCGUUUCCCGAGAGUGCCUGGCUGUGAUGGCUGUGGAGAGGGCUGUGCUCCGGGCUUGGACCCUGGUACUGCUCCAGGUUGCCCUGGGAGACGCCUGUGCCAGCGGCCGCUUCACCGUGACCGGCGAGUGCUGUGACCUUUGCCCCCCGGGGUUUGGCGUCGCUGUAGAAUGCGGGCGAGAGAACACCAAGUGCCAGCCGUGCCAGGACGGGGUGUCCUUCUCGGUGUCGGGCAGCGCCCCCUGCCAGCCCUGCUCUCGGUGCCCGGAUGGCAUCCCCAAGAUCGGCGGGUGCUCCGCUGCCCGAGACACGCAGUGCGACUGCGGCGACGGGUUUUACCUGCUGGGCCAGGGGAACCACUCCACGGGGCUGUGCGCCCCCUGUAGGGUCUGCAGGAAAGGACAGGGCGUGGUGCAGGCCUGCGGGCCCCUGGGGGACACCAGGUGCCAGGCCUGUGGCUCCGGAUCCUUCUCAGAGGAGCACAGCAGCACGGAGCCCUGCCGCCCCUGCAGGGUGUGCCUGGACAGCGAGGUGGAGAUCCAGGCCUGCCUGCCGCACUCCGACACUCUGUGCAUGGAUAAGAACCUACAGAUUCUGACUCGGCCCGACUCGGACAGCGCUCAGGAGUCUCCCCGCCGGCAAGCUCCUGAGGGGGAAGGAGACGAAGAGGGGUCCAGCCCUCCCCCUGGUUCCCCGAAAUUCACUCCCCAGGAGGAAGGUGGCAAUAACAUCAUCCCAGUCUAUGUCUCCAUCCUUUCCGCCGUAGUGCUUGGGCUGUUGCUCUACGUCGCCUACAAGUGCUGGUCCUCCUGCAAGCAGAAGAGGGCACUGGCGAAGGCUCGGGGUGGGGAGCUCAGUGGGGUCCCCGAGGGAGAGAAGCUCCAUAGUGACAGCGGGGUGUUCCUGGACACCCACAGCCUGCAGGACAACCACCCAGGCAAAGGUGGACUUCGGGACAGCAAGCAGGACAGUCGGCUGUACCUGAACCUCAGCCCCCAGAGGCAGGAGGAAGUGGAGACGCUUCUGCAGGAGGCGGGGGGGAAGGGCUGGCGUCACCUAGCGGCCCAGCUGGAGUACGAGCAGGACCGCAUCGACACCUUCGGCCGCGGCGAGGACCCGGUCCACACCCUGCUGUCCGACUGGGCGGGCCAGGAGGGCUCCACGGUGGCCGCGCUGUGCUCGGCCCUGGAGCGCAUCGACAGGAGCGACGUGGCCGGUGCCCUGAGCCGCCCAGCUCAGGCCAGCUCUGUGGUGUGAGUGCACGGGGCAGGCAGGCAGCUCCACAGACAAUCAGACUGACUCGCGGCGCACGGAGAGGAGGGGGAGGAGGCCCAUUUUCCUGAAAUCCCACCACAGUGACCCGGGAAUGAAAGCUAAAGAGACUCAGGUGGUGGAAGUCCCAGCAACGUCGGGAGGCGAGAAGGAAGAGGAGAGAAAUGGCUAAACUAUACUAACAAAUGAACAGGACAUUGCACCGCUCACCUCCAUAUCUUCUGCUGUUCCUUUACACCGAGGGCACAGUCAGUAAUACCCAGGCCAGCUGCCACUGCUGCUCAGCUUCGUUGUCAUGGAAACAAACUCUCCAGCCGACCAUUCAGAAGCCGGCCCUGCUCUCGCUGCCCCUGGAAAAGCUCUGAUCCCUUUCAGCCCAGUGGAUCAUGGGAAAUCCCCAUGGCAUCACUGGGUACCAAAGAACGUUGUCCAGCGUGUUACUGUGGUAGAGCUCCCACUGCUUUGGAUAAGAGGAGAAAGACGUUGAGGAGGUCUGAUAAAGCCAAAUAACUAAUUAAGUGAGGGGUCAGAUGGAGCAAGGUCCCUGCAGUGUUGGGGCUGAUCCGCCAUGUUUGGGAUUGGAGAUGUCUCGCUGUCUUGAAUGAGCUUCUUUACCGAUGACAAUGCAGUAAAAAUCAGGUGCUAAUUAUGAAACAAAGCCAUUUAUGCAAAUACCAACUUUGUAAGAGAUACCCCCCAUUAAAAAAUAUAUAUUUUCUCCAUUUAUACUGAUAAUCUAUGAAAAAGGUUCUUACAUUUAUCAAGCAGUAACUACUAAACCACUAAACCAUUCUUUAAACUGUCACAAAUCAAAGUAAAUGCAUUGCACUGGCCUAUGCUCAUGUGGUUUAAUGUAGUGGGCUGGUGUGCUCUUGGGAGGGAGUCGGGGCUCUUCCUGCUGGUGAUUCCCAAAGGGGCGUGCGUCUUGUCUCUGUUUGAACCACUCGUAGGGGCGGCACAAUUCCAGUUCUUAAAGGCCACAGCAUCUUCUGAUUUUCAUUCUGUCUGAGCUCUCUCUUUCCGAGUUCAGACAGUUAACAGCUUAUGGCCAAUAAUUCUGCAGGUACCUUGGUUUUGCACUGUGAGGCAAUGACUUCACGCAAGGACAUCUUUGGCACUUCAGUUUAAUUCAUGUGCCAUGGUGGUCAUUCCUCAUGGUCAUUUUUUUUGAAAUCUCUACAACUACACUAUGUUUUAAAUGUAAAGUCUUAAAAACCAUUUCAUAGUUUAAAACCCAUUCAAGUUACUUCCCAGCGCCUUUAUACCCGCCAUUAACAUUUUUUUGCAUUUAAAAUCAGCAGCAGCAGUGUGAUGUUAAUCACUUGUGGCUGACCACCUCUAGUUCAGUGUGCAUUCUGGGAAACCACACUGCCAUGGCAGACAUAUUCCUCCCUCAGUGCUUCCUCAUUUUCUGCCUCUCUCUAUAGUCAUUGCUUUGCCUUUCUGCCCCUACUGGAGGUCAGAUUGGUAACAAAGUCAAACCAAGGACCUUUGACCUGCAGGACAAACAAAGUCGUCAGCAUGGGUGGCUGAGAAUUGUGGGUAUUCCUCUCCGUCUUCCUGAGUCUUGCUCCCCCCAUUCUCCCCAGCCAUGCCUUGCGUGUUCUGUGUUUUGUUCAUGAGUAUGUUGCAGUGCGUUCAAAGUCUCUUUUGUAAUGUCUUAUCUCAUGUUAAAUAUACAUUUGCAGGA